AAAGCGCGUAAAAACCUGCCUCGUCUGUUUAUUGAAUAGAUUAAUAUUCGGGGGGUCUCUUUAAUCUAGUAAACUAGUCUAGUUUCAGGUGAUAUAUUCCUACGCAGUCGCGAUACCCCGUGUGACAGCAGCAUCUCAAAACACGACGUGAAAUAUUAUCUUUGCAAACCUUUGUAAUCAAACCGGGCUCUGCCCUUUCAUCAAACACCGUUUUAUUUACGAGUCGACUGUUCAUUUUUCCAGCUGAAGACAGGUUAUAAUGGACUGCACCAAGGACCAAGCAGGGGGGGAAACCAGCCAUGCCUUCCCCUACCGUCUGUACAGCACCCCCAAGAAGGGCAGACCAUACGAGGAGGCUCCCCCGUACCCCCUCCCGGCCGGCUCCCUCAUCUCCCACCUCCUUAAAACCACCAGCAGUACCUCUCUCCCCCAGGAGAGUGGCGCCGCCGAGCCCUACCAAGACUCUGAAGGAGAGGCUUCCCUGGGUGACAGCCCCCCCUCCAGCCCCCCAGGCAAGAGGAGAUCCUUGGACAUGGAGAACCUCUACCAGGAGUACGUGAGGGCGAAACGGGCGAGAGUGGAGAGUAUCAUUAGAGGCAUGGGCUCCUCCCCAGCUCAGGAGCUGUACACCGGGGGGAACGGUGCCCGUCGGAGCGAAGUGGGCUGGCCGGACCGAGCAGAGCCCAUCCUGGAACCUCCCAGACCGAAGAUCAAGAAAGAAGGAAGAAACCAGGAGAGGCAGGAACUGAAGAGCCAGCUGGACAGCAUGAGAGAACAGCUCCUCCAGCUUCAAGAGAAAGUCUAUCACAUGUACAGUGGGGCUCUGGAAGAGGAGGAGGUGGAGGAGGAGGAGGAGGAGGAGGAGGAGGAAGCAGAAGCAGCAGGGCCACAAAGGGGCUCUCCCUUAUCGCCCCAAGCCGUCUCCUUCGAAGGCACCAGGUUGAAGGACCUGUUGGCGGAUAUAGGGAAAGACCAGCCUUGGGCCAACCUGGAGGGGCAGAAGCUGGCCGACGCCUUGAAGGAAGAGCUGGGAGCGGCCGUGGCCCAAGUUAUAGACGGCGUGGUCAGAAUGUUCGCCCCGCCAGGCCAGGACCCCGGAAACCCACAGGAGCCCCUGAUCCCCGCUUUCCAGCCUCCCCCCCAAAACCACCCCCACCACCACCACCUCCUCCAACAAAAUGAACACCCAGACCAGGGACCCUUCUUCGACAACGAAGCCAGAGGCAGAGACUUCAUGGCGGACCAAGUCGAGGCUUUGCCCCUGGUGGUCCGGAAGUCCAUGGAUCACCAAGGCAGCAGCCCCAUCCCAAGGGUCAAAGAAUCGACGCUUAGGUCCGCCUUCCAGCCCCCCAUCCCCAUGCCGCUAGUCCAUUACACCAUGCAGAGGAUGUUCGCGUCGGCAGCCCGCGGGGUACCCCCUUGCAAGGACCGCCUGUCCCCCGAUGCCUAUCUAGAGAUGACCAGUCUGAGUACCCAGCUCUCCUCUCAUCACCAUCACCACCCUCCCCAGCACCAUUACCCAUCCCUCCACCUCCUGGGCACUCUGGAGGGCAUGUCUCCAGCGAUGCACCCCAAGAUGAAGCCCGACACGAGUGGGUACCAGGAUCCGGGCGACCCAUCUCUCUACCUUUCUCAGUCAGCAUCCCACGACGGCCUGUCACCCAGCCACCUGAAGAAAGCCAAGCUGAUGUUCUUCUACUCGCGCUACCCCAGCUCGAACACCCUGAAGAUCUUCUUCCCAGACGUAAAGUUCAAUCGCUGCAUCACCUCCCAGCUGAUCAAGUGGUUCAGUAAUUUUCGCGAGUUCUUCUACAUCCAGAUGGAGAAGUUCGCUCGCCAGGCGUACGGAGAGGGCGUGUCCAGCCACGAGAAGCUGAGCAUAAGCCGGGACUCGGAGCUCUUCCGCGUGCUCAACCUGCACUACAACAAGUCCAACGACUUUGAGGUCCCAGAGAGAUUCCUCGAGGUGUCCCAGAUCACGCUCCGGGAAUUCUUCACCGCGAUCCACAGCGGCAAAGACACUGACCCCUCCUGGAAAAAGGCGAUUUACAAAGUGAUCUGCAAGCUAGACAGCGAGGUCCCAGAACUUUUCAAAUCACCAGGCUGCCUUCAAGAACUCAUUCGAGAGUGAACCCCCCCCCCCCCAAUCUCUAAACCAGGAGAGGGCGUGCCUAACGCUACCCUGCUAGAGGGGGGCCCUAUUGUGCAGCUGUACUGCAGCUCUGUCUACGGGAACAGCCUGCACUACACCAUACCCUUUCUGCAGGAACACGUUUUAAAAAAAAUAUUUUUUCAUAAGAUUCAGGCUUUCUAAUCAGUGUAGGUUUCCACUGUGGAUGUUCCUGGGGGAGAGAAUAUUAACGAAGGUGUUUUAAUGAUUUUAAAUAAUCGCAGCACUAUGAAUAGUUUUUCUUGUUUUAUUUAUUAUUAUUAUUAUUAAUU